UGACGAUGUUUCUCAGAGCCAUAUGUUCGGCGCAGACGAUGGAACGCGCAACAGUGAGGAGUACAGCAACUAUCUCGAGUCGAGAUGCUCCUCUCAGCUGAGUCUGCAGAAGCGGGAUGCUGAUGAUGAGGAGUCGUGGUCGUUGUGCGGGCGCCCGUCUAAGUCUAGUCUGCCGGACGACUGCGUGGCGCUGUGCGUUCACGGGGUGGCGGAUCCGGGGCCGGAGAUCAGGGAGGAGCUGGUGCAGGUGCUGCAGAACCGGCUGGACGAGGCCGUACUAGACAUGGUCACCGUCAUGUUCUCACGAAACCCGAUGCACAAGCUCACGCCCGAGGAUGUGCAGUUCAUACAGAAGCCUGGGGAGCCGCCUAGCUGCGUGAUACAGUUCACGCUGCUCACACACGCCAUACCCUACCUGCAGGCCGUGUCACACUACCUGCGCCAGAACCUCAUGCAGUUCCUACACACGCCCAAAUAUGUCGACAACCGACCCGAACACCACUUCCAGGAGAACGUGACGGCGGAGGAUAGAGGAGAGAGAAGUGUGACGCCGUUCACGGAGGGAGACGUGUUUCUCUACAACCGUCCGCCGGCGUCCGGACAGCAAGGCAUUGCUUGCAUCGGCCUGUCGUUCGUCGGAGCCAGCAAGAAGCUGGACAUCCAUCCGUGUCCUAAAGCCGCAACAACGUGGUUGAAGGAGGCCUCCGCCGAGUGUUUCGACGCCCUCACGCACAGCGACACCUACAUAGACGGACAACUCGGACCCCAGUUCCCCGGUAUGCACCCGUAG